GCUCAAGCUCGACCCCAAGCUAAUAGGGGGCCUAUCAAUGCUGCCGACGAAGACGCAAUGCUUGCGGCUCUCUCCCAUGGCGACAUCAUUCCUCAGGUCCUUCGCAGCUCGACGUCAUCUUCUCCCAGGUCCGCGGAUCAAUGCGCGAAGGGCAAGGACCCUGGAUAGACUCUUUCGGUCUCGAAGAGUGUAUGCUUCUUCCAGAAUCAUUUGACACCAUUACUCGAGAGCUCGACUUGAGCAUCUCUUCCGACCCAGCAUUCGCAGGCUUGGAGCGCGGUCCCAUCGUGUCUGCGAACGAUGUCGUCCUCGCGACCCAGACAGAAAGCGGUCGUGGGCUGCAUUCGGGCAGCAGUGCUACUCAACUUCCUCUUCUGCCACUACCGCAAUCUGCACCCCCGUCUGCUGUUUUGCGGCACCCAGAUCAAGCCGCACUGCCGAUGCUGCAAUCCCCGCAACACUGCUUUGUUCCCCCCACGGACAGUGCCCUGCACCUCUCGCCAACUAUUCAGUAUCGGCAUCCUUUGACACAUGAUACAUGUGCACCCCCUCCACUCCCACACCUGCAGUGGAUACCGAGUGGUGACAGCUCCAGUACUGGCUGGAAGCAGCACAAGCCGCCGACGCCUCGCACGCCUCACGCGUCAGCUUCGCCCGAACAACACUUUGUGCCUUAGGUUCAUGGGAUCACAGUACAGUCUCACGACCGCCCUAUAGCGACGUGAUCAGCGACGUGCUAUUCACCAUGGAGGAGUCGACUGAAACGAUACGAACACCCCUAUACACCAAACGCAUUUAGACCAUGCGAGAGGACGCUAAUGACAUCGACCAUUUGGCGGGCAGAGGGGACGCGCCCUAUCAACUUUGCAAGUACAAAGGAUGUCAAGAUGCGCGUGAUCCGAACGGCACAGAUUGUCGCCGCGCACGUCUGGAUUUAGUCUUUCGUUUCGAGCUGGGUGCCUCAAUUGGUCUGGUGAAUGCUCCAUCCCUUUCCGAGGCGCUCGAGGACCUCUGGUACAUGCGUCUUGGUGACGACGUGC